AGUCCCUUGCGCUUCACCGAGAUCCUGGGGAAGCGAAAUGGAGGGGUGUGUGUCUAACCUGUUGGUCUGCAACCUGGCCUACAGCGGGAAGCUGGAGGAGUUGAAGGAGAGCAUCCUGGCCGAUAAAUCACUGGCUACUAGAACUGACCAGGACAGCAGAACUGCAUUGCACUGGGCAUGUUCAGCCGGACAUACUGAAAUUGUUGAGUUCUUGCUGCAACUUGGAGUGCCAGUGAAUGAUAAAGAUGAUGCAGGCUGGUCUCCUCUUCAUAUUGCUGCUUCUGCUGGCCGGGAUGAAAUUGUAAAGGCGCUCCUGGGAAAAGGUGCACAAGUGAAUGCUGUCAAUCAAAAUGGCUGUACUCCCCUACAUUAUGCAGCUUCCAAAAACAGGCAUGAGAUUGCUGUCAUGUUACUAGAAGGUGGAGCUAAUCCAGAUGCUAAGGAUCAUUAUGAGGCUACAGCAAUGCACCGGGCAGCAGCCAAGGGUAACUUGAAGAUGAUUCAUAUUCUUCUGUACUACAAAGCAUCCACAAACAUCCAAGACACUGAGGGUAACACUCCUCUACACUUAGCCUGUGACGAGGAGAGAGUAGAAGAAGCAAAGCUGCUGGUGUCCCAAGGAGCAAGUAUAUACAUUGAGAAUAAGGAAGAAAAGACACCCCUGCAAGUGGCCAAAGGUGGCCUGGGUUUAAUACUCAAGAGAAUGGUUGAAGGUUAAACAGCUUGGAUAUAUUCUUUCUUUGUAUGUUUUGUUGUCCCAGGGUUCCAGAACCUAAUGCACUUGUACACAGAGUAUCACACCUUCAAAAUUGUGUAAAUGUGUUGUAUUGUUCCUGCUGAGGUACUUGUUCUAAGCUUACAACUUACUUUUUAGGCAUUUGAAUAACUGUUGAGAUUGUACCGUUGUCCUGUGUUAUUCUGUAUUAAAUUUUGAUUAAUUCUCAGUAAGUGAUUCUGUGGCUAUUGUGGGUCUUCAUCACCCUCUAGUAUACCUUCACUCAUCUUCUGAAGCAGAAGAAUCCCAAUAGCAAACAGACCAGUUUUUCUGUCAGAUGUUUCUAGGUGGAUUUUGUAUGUUCCUCUACAGAGUUGAAACACAACUUGUUUUUCAAGCUCACUCAGAAGCCUAUGCCAAAUAUUUCUGUUUUUUCAACUGUGAGCAUUAAUUUACUUUUGUUAUAGGAGGAAUACUGAUAUACUUUAGUGGACCAAAUUUUAAGUUGGUGGGUAUAUCCUAGCUCUGUGUAUCCAUGCAUCUUUCUGAUAAGCUGUUUUCCUCCAAAACAAUAUGUAUUGUGUUUAAAAAGGAAAUGUUAAAGUAUCUGUGUUGGUUCACCAUGUAUUGAAAAGAGUAUCAAGCUUGUUCAAGUGAUAUGUAACCAAAAGGUAUUUUGAUUUGUAUUUCAGGAACUAAAAAAAUAAAAUAUUGAAAGAAUCUCCCAA